GCUGAAAUGAUGUAGUAAACAAAAAAUUGACGAAAUAGAGAUACUUGUUUUUCAUUAGACAUUGACGAUGACGCACUGGUGAGCUAGCUGGUGAACCAGUUCUUUCUUACACAGGAUAGUGUGGCUUGAUCUUAAUCUUGGUCAUGUAGGUCAACCAGCUCGGUCAUGCUGCUUAUCUAAUUUAGUGAGGUUAAUAAUGCGGUAGACCAGCUAAAUCCCUCACACUCAAACCGCGACACACCCUGUGUCGGUUUCAGCAGGGUUAGCAGUCUUGACCAACUCGAGAAGUUUAAGCAUCACAUGACAAAAGUUGAUAUCUCACUUUUCACAUUUAAAAAAACCCUUCUUCAGUGUUUCUUAACGAUUAUGAAGCAACAGGAAGUGCAGAGCAAAAAAGAAAAAAGAAAGUGAAAAGAAAAAGCUUUACCAACCACUUCAAGCUAGUCGUACAGUAUUUGGAGUAUGUGGCAGUUCAGCACUGCAGCAUUAAGGAAUAUGAUGUCAAAUUCACAGUGGUUACCAGUAAUCUACAUAUUCUGUAUGCUGAAAGAUGUGGCCACCGGCACUAAGGAAAUGUGGAACAUCAGCAUUAAGCAACAAGAGUUUACUGUGGAAACGUCCAGGGAUAUCACCAUCGACUGCAGAGUGGAAUACCCACCACCUGAAAUGAGCAAAAAGGACAUUCAGGGCUUCUGGAAGGUGAACCGUGAAGGAAGAAUUAGCAAAUGCGAACGAAAAUCCAACGAAAUCAUCUACAAUCAUAACAAUACGUUAGUGUGGCAGAGAUUCCAGGGAAGAACUAAAGCCCUCGGGAACAUUGCGAACAACAACUGUUCUCUAUCAAUCAGCAACAUCCAGAAUGAGGAUCAGGGGCGCUACUACUUUAGAGUGGAGACAGGAUCUAAUAGCUACAGCUUUUGCAACAAUACGAUCACCAUUAAAGUUAAAGGGCAUGUCUCCAAUGUUACCUUGAAAGCAGUGUCUCAAGAUGUCACAGAAAACCCAUUUUUUUCUACAAAUAUUCCAGGAACCUCCGCACCUUCGACAGACUUUAGCAUCUUUAUUUACGUGCCGAUUAUCGUGCUCGUUGUUGUGAUUGUGGCUGUAGCUGUGUUUCUCCUCAGACGAAGAAAAAGAAGAAGACAACCGUCCAGACAAGACUCAAGUUACUAUGUCAAUUUCCGUCCGCCUUGUGAGAUGCAGAAUGAUGGACCUAAGUUGCCAGAGAAGUUUGAAAAAAAGCUGGAACCACCGCCCUUUACAUCUAAACCUCAGGAUGAACCUAUUUACAGCAAUGUUCAGGGUAAGACUCUUGUGGAGCCUGCUGCUUCUGAUCAGAUGGAGAACAUCUACACUAAUGUUGGCUGUGGUACACAGUGGUAGGAAAUGGCCUGAGAGUGUUUUGGGACCUGAGGGGUUGGAGGGUCAAGGAGUGUUGGCAUUUCAAUGUUAAAGUUUAACCAAUGUUAAGUAGCAAAUAAGACAAUAAAUUAAAAAGCUACAUUUCAAAUCACAUAAUUUAGAUUUGCUUAUAAAAAGACUAAAUGCCAGAAAUCAGAUACACACAAAUUCCCUGCUAAUACUAGUCCAAAUUUUAAAGAAAUCAUUUAAAGGGUUCAUAUUACGCAAAACUCACUUUUUGUGUGCUUUUGUAUUUACACUUGGGUCUCAUCUUUAAGCUGUAAAGUCUAUAAACAGUUUCUGAACAACAACAACAAAAAUCAUCCAUUCAUUUGCUGUGAAUCAUCUGAAAGUGUUUGAUGUCAGAAAUCAUAUGCUUCACAUAUGAGUCAUUUGGGUGGCUUCCUGCACAGAACCACCCUGGCACCACCCCUCAGAACCCUUAAAUGGCUCGUUCUAAAAGGGAAUGAAACGAGAAGAAUAGAGCUGAUGAGAUCUCUUUAUGUGAAAGUAAUUUCGUGCAAAGAACUUCAUGAACAUGCUUUGUAUAGCCCAUUGACCUGUUCUAACUUGUGUAAAAAGAUGUAUAAUAUGUCCCCUUUAAAGCAGCAGUCACUAAGAUUUUUUCUUUUAAAUUGAAAGUAACAAGUAUUCUAAUUAAUGCUAUUCCUGCAACAUCUAACAUAUUUUAAGAAUAAAUAUGUUCGAUGUUGCAGUUAUACCAUUAAUUAGAAUAUUUUGGUUUGAAUGGCUUUCUACAGUUAAUAGUGUCUUAUAAAUGGGCAAAAAACAAACAAAACAAUAUAACAUAUUUUUUGCACUAUUAGGCGCACCGGAUUAUAGAGCGCACUAUUAAUAAAUUUCUAUUUUCUGGUUUAUUUACGUACAUAAGGUGCACUGAAUUAUAAGACGCAUUUUAAGAGACACUAGUAAAAAGCAAAGGUGUCGCCAUGUUUUCCUUCUAAUUUAGCAGGUCUUGCUGCCGGGUGGUGGUGGGGUAGGAUAACUAAGUUUAGUAAAGCUAAGCUAGGUAAAGAAAUCUGUAAUUCUUAUUUAAAAAAACAUUUUCUUUAUAAGUCAAACAAGCACUGGAUGUUAAUCUGUACAGAUUUCACUUCUGAAAACUGUUUAUUAUACUGUUUAUUACAGUAAGCUUAGAUUUAACUUAAAUAUUUCUAUUAAGGCAGGGUGCAGCAACAUUAUCACUAGCAGCCAACCGCUAGCACUAGCCAUGCUUAGUGCUAGUAAAUGCUGCCCGACAGAGCUACACUGAGGGACCCUGAGUGAUUCAGUAAGCCAGGGUGAUAUUAGCUAGAGGUUCGUGCCACGUACCUUGUUUAAACAGUCCGGUAACAGUCUGAUAUACUUGCCUCUGAACAGCGAAAGAGCUUAGCACUUAACACGGUUAGCGGCUAAUGCUAAUGCUACUCGAGUAUUAUACUCCUGUAUAACGCUGUACUGCUCCUUACAACCUGACUGGUUUAAAUACAUACACAAGGCGCAGUGGAUUAUAAGGCACACUGACUAUUUUUGGGAAAAUUAAACUAUUUUAAGUGUUAAACUAUUUUAAACUAUUUUAGUGUGAAAAAUGCGGUACUAAACACAACAUUUUAAACAGGAAUUUAUAUACAAUAACCUGCAUUAGGUAGCUACAUCUGCUUUUAUGUGUUUUAUGGUGAAUCUAAGCAUAACAUGCAGCAGUUUUACACCUAAGGUUAUCAUUGUUAGCACUGUCUGACGAAAGCAUUGUUAGCAAUACUAGCAAGUUGAUAAGACGUUAUGCACUAUUUUGUCUAUCCAAAAAAACAUGUCCUCAGAUGGACAGUACAGUGUGUACACGCCAAGAUGCAUGACAACUGUGAUUAAAAACCAGGGUUAUUCCACAAAAUAUUGAUUUCUGAACUCUUAAAAUUUCAUGACUAUGAACUUGUUUUCUUUGCAUUAUUUGAAGUCUUUUUGAAGUCUAGUUUAAUGACACAAAUAGACAAAAGUGCUUAAAACAUGCUUAUAAACUGUAUAAUUUGGCUUUACUGUAACAUAUCACAUAUACAACUGUUGAUGUGCACUUCCCGAGCACUUUCCUGACCACUUGUAAUGUUAUCACAUCAGUUAUUGUGGUCAAUUUAAUAUGCAGUGAUAAGGUGUAUUUCACACUUUCUUGAGCAUGUUGUAUAAAUUAUACUUUACUUAUAUUGUACAGUAUUCUUUUAUAGUGCAUCUGGUUUUAAAAUGCAUUCAUUUUACAUUGCUAUAGCUGUAUUUUAAUUAAAAAGAAAGGAAGAACUGCACUUGAUUGGUCUCAAGAAAAGUCGUUUUAACCCUAUGACUAGGAAUACUAUGGAAGCCCAUUCCCGC